UGUGCAGUACUUUUCAAUUAUCCUUAUCCAAAGGUGUGCAUCCAUCCUACAACGGCUUACUCUGCUCGCAAAGAAAGCAGCGGGGACGAAGAAGAUGGCGCUAGGCCUCUCGUUUCCUUCCUCCCAUCGUCUUCACCUCUCGCCGUACUACCCUUCAAUAUCUUCGUCAAACAGAAAAGUAUUUUCUCUUCCAUCUCUAAUCUCUUCGUUCAACGGGAUCCGAAUCCAGUGCUGUCCCGCUAAAGCUCUAGGCCCACCCUCCUUACGUAGGAUUGGAGAACGCAUUUUAGUUAGGGCUGCGAAGAGGGGAGAGGAAUUGAAGGAGUUACGAGGUCGGACGACGGAGGAGCUAAACGAGGAGGUUAUCGACCUCAAGGGGGAGCUUUUCAUGCUCAGGCUUCAGAGGUCUGCCAGGAAUGAAUUCAAAUCCAGCGAUUUCCGUCUCAUGCGGAAAAGGGUUGCUCGGAUGCUUACUAUCAAAAGGGAGAGGGAGAUUGAACAAGGAAUAAAUAAAAGGCUAUCAAGGAAGCUUGACAAAAAAUGGAAAAGGAGCAUUGUGGUCAGGCCUUCUCCAUCUUUGAAGAAGAAGCAAGAGGAAGACCAGAAAGCAACAGAGACCAAAAAAUCUGCAUAGGUUCCCUGAAUCCCUGCAACUACAUAUAUUGUAUCGUUCAGUCAAUUUUUGGUUUCCAUGUGAUUCGGAUUUCGGAUAGUCUCCUAGCUUUCACUAUUGAAUUUCCAAUAUUAUUUCUUGUUCUCUGUU